AUGGUACGUAACUACAAGCGAAAAAGUGAGAAGCAAAAAUGGAAUAUCGAAACUCUGAGUAAGAAGCGUUUUUACGGUAUCGGAUUGAAAGAAUGUCGAAAACUGGCCUACAAUUUGGCUGAGAUGAACAAAUUGCCACAUCCGUUUUCUAAAAGUGAAAAAAUGGCCGGUCCGGAUUGGAUGAUGUCAUUCAUGAAGCGUCAUACCGAGCUAUCCUUAAAGGAGUCAGAGCAAACCAGCUUAAGUCGGGCGACUGGCUUCAAUAAAGUACAGAUAGCUGCUUUUUUCGAUAUUUUGAAAUCCGAAAAAGAAAAACAUGCAUUCCAAGCCUCUCGAAUCUACAAUCCACUCGACUUAACCUUUUUCGGACCUUUGAAAAAAUAUUAUGGAACAGAAUGCGAUAAAUGGAUGCUAAAUCAUCCAGCAACAAGAAUUUCUGAAUACGAUAUAGUAUCCAUAUUUUCAACAGCAUUUAUAAAAAGUUCCGGAAUGGAUAAAGCUGUGUCUGGAUUUGCAAAAACCGGUAUCCAUCCUUUCAAUCUUGACGUUUUUGGCGAAACAGAUUUUGCACCAUCAUCAGUUACAGAUCAGUUAUUUGGCAAAUCCCAAGCAGUAGUGGUAACUGGUAAAUAUCCAUCCACAUCAGAGGAGAUAAUGGAAAUUGAUCAACAUCCAUCCACAUCAGAGGAAGUUGUGGAAAUUGUUCAACAUCUAUCCACUUCAGAGGAGGUAGUGGAUAUUGAUCAAAAUCCAUCCAUAUCGGAAGAAGCAACAAAAAAUUAUAAACAUCUAAAAAAAUGUAAUAAAACUGUUAGAAUUUUGGUUAAUGAAGUGUCGCCAUUUCCAAAAUGUGCACUAAGUGGUGAACGGAAACGUAAGUGUCAAAAGGCCGAAGUCUUGACUGCGUCUCCAUUCAAAGAUAAGUCGCUCAUGCAAAAGAAUAAGAAAGCAGCCAUCGAGGUUAACAAACGUAGAAAAAUGAAAAAAAGUUUUGAUUGUUAUAUUGAUAAGAACAAGAAACAAGCAACUGUAGCUAAAACAAAACAGACCGUUGAUAAAAGGAAGGAAUCAAUAGGUAACAAACAAGCAACAAAAGCUCAGACAAAACAAACAGUUAAUACACUGAAAAGAUCAGUUAACGCACCAGAAAACAAAGGUAAAAAGUAG